UAUCAGUCUCGCGUAUUUUAUUUUUCUCUACCUUUUUUCAUCCAAAAACUCUCUGAUGGCAUUUCGUAUAUUUAUCUUUCCUCUUCUCUCUGGCCGAAAAUUCUAGAAAAACAUUUCAUUGUUGAGAAUUGAAACAUUUCUUCAGUGCGGUCUCUCAGAAUUUUUUUCCAUAAAAAAUUGUUAGUACUAUAGGUUGAAGAUGUCCUACAAAAGAGAAAGAUGGAGUGACAAUAAUGAUUCCGAGCUGGAAGAUUUAAAGAACAGGUACUAUCAAGAAUUGAGAGACAAAAUAGUCAAAAUCAGGGGUUCUGGGAAAUAUCUCCAAUGCCCUUACUGUUGGGAUCGUAGGAGAAGUGAGUAUGACUUUCGGGAGCUAGAAAGGCAUGCUUCUCGCAUAGCUAGAUACUCAAAGAGUGCAAGCUUUAAAGAAAAAGCUAGACAUAUGGGUCUACUAAAGUAUUUGGAUAGGUAUGGGGAUACAUUGUGGAAGUCAUCACGAUCAAUUCGGAGAAAUUCUGAGCAAGAAAUGAGUUAUUUAGGUGAAGAGAGCAAAUCAGCAGAACUUACUGGAGGAAAAGUGACUGAACCAGGGGAAAUAGUGACAACUGAACAGGGGGAAAUAAUGACUACUGAACCGGGGGAGAUAGUGUCUCAACAGGGUCAAAUAACUAUUGAGCCAGGGGAAAUACUUCUUGAAUCUGCGGAAACAAUUGUGUUUGCUAAAGAUUCCUCAGUAAAAUCUUGUGUUAGAACUACUGAAAAAAACUUGCGAUCUAAUUCUAGUGUAUUACCUGCCAGCUCAUCUACACACAGAGGUAACGAUGAACUUUUUGUUUGGCCUUGGAUGGCUGUUGUUGCAAACAUACCAGUUGAAUAUAAAGAUGGAAGGUAUGUAGGUGAAAGUGGUCGGAAACUGAAAGAGGAGUGGGUAAGCCAAGGGUUCAACCCCGAAAAGGUUGAACCUUUGUGGAAUUUCCAAGGUCACUCAGGGUUUGCAAUUGUUGAAUUUAACAAAGAUUGGGAAGGUUUCAAGAAUGCUAUUGCAUUCGAGAAGUCGUUUGAAAGAGAUCAAAGGGGGAAGAGAGAUUGGUAUGCAGCGAAGCAUAAAGGAGAUAAACCGUAUGCAUGGCUUGCCAGUGAAGAAGAAUACAGGUUAGGGGGUCUUAUUGGCAAACACCUCAGAAAGAAUGGAGACCUUACUACCGUGUCUGACAUACAAAGAGAAUAUAGAAGGAAAGAAUCAACUCUUGUAAGCAAUUUAACAAAUGCACUGGAGUCCAAGAUUAAGAAAUGCGAAGACAUGAGGAAGAAUAUAGGCAAGACUGAAAUUUUUAUGAGAAACGUGAUAGUGCAAAAGGAAGAGAUGAUUCAAACCUAUAAUGAAGAGAUCAAGAAAAUGCAGCUAAAUGCAUAUGAUCAGCUCCAUAACAUUUUCAUGGAGAGUGAAAGAAGUAAAGAACAAUUGGAGGCUCAGAGAGUAGAGCUGGAAACACGGGAGAGAGAACUAAAACAACUCCGAGCCCUGAAUGAGAGUGAGAAACUGAAGCUCGAUUGCCAAAGGAAAAUGAAUGAGAUGGCUCUUUUGGAACAGAAGAAGGCUGAUGAAAAAAUGAUGAAGCUUGCAGAGGACCAGAAGAGACAAAAGGAACAACUUCAUGAAAGGAUAAUUGAACUUGAAGCAAAACUUGACCAAAAGCAUGCAUUAGAGCUUCAAAUACAGAGGAUGAGGGGUGCUGUCGAGGUAAUGAAACAUAUGACUGAUGAAGGAGAUAUGGAAGAUACAAAAAAGUUGGAGUUGCUAGAAGAGGAGCUCAAGGAAAAGGAAGAAGAACAAGAAUAUCUGGUUUCUCUUAGUCAAAAUCUUAUUAUCAAGGAAAGGAAUACCAACGACGAAUUGCAGGAAGCUCGCAAGGAGCUUAUCAAUGGGUUGAAGGACUCACGUUCUAACAUUUGUGUUAAGAGGAUGGGUGAGCUUGAUGAAAAGCCAUUCUUGAUAGCUGCAAAGAGAAAAUAUUCUCAUGAAGAUGUGGCAGAGAAAGCAAUGCAGCUUUGUUCCUUGUGGGAGGAGUACCUUAGGGAUCCUAGCUGGCAUCCCUAUAAGGUGAUAAUGGAUGGAGAAAAUGCCAAGGAAGUACUCAACGAGGAUGAUGAAAAGUUGAAGGAACUGAAAUCUGAAUUCGGUGAAGUGUACGAGGCUGUGACUACUGCUCUGAGUGAGAUCAAUGAGUACAACCCAAGUGGCAGGUAUCCAUUGCCAGAGCUAUGGAAUACUUGUGAAAAGAGAAAGGCAUCUUUGGACGAGGGGAUUCAUCAAAUACUCAAACAAUGGAAGAUUUGCAAACAGAAGCGGAGAAGGUACUGAAGGGUUUUGCGGAAGACUUUAUUUGUGAGUUCAGAUGUUACUGAUGCAAUGAAUUUAAGUGUGAGGAACUGAUACUUGUGCUUGAUCAUACAGAAUGUGGAUUAUUUUCUAGUUUUAUGAUACUUGUUGUGAACUGGACGGUACAUGCCAGCCCAUAAUCUUUUAGUUCUGUUUUAUUGGAUAGUUCUAUGCUUUUAUGAAGAAACUAUUAAAGGAAGCAGCAAAAAGUGGGUUCUCCUGCACUUUGAAAUUUUCGGUAAUUUUUUU